AUGUACGUUGUCAACACGGCGUCGCUUGUUCAAAGCUGUAUGCGGAACAAGAACUUGGAUUUCGGCGCCCGCAUUGAGGAAAUUGCGGCAGCCAUGGGCGUCGACACGACCAUCACAAGAAGGCUUGUGCGCGAAAACGCCGUGGAAGAGAUUUCCCGAGUUACGAUAUCAGCACUUUCCGGGGACAACCUGCUGAGACUCAACUUGAUGGCGUUGGAGUACAUCGGGAGCCGCUUCAACGAGGUCAAGGCCGGGACACCUAUCGAGAUUGACGACUUUUACCAUUGGACUCGUGACCUUAUUGGCACGGCGACCACUCGGGCUUUGUACGGAGAGCACAGCCCAUUCAAUGAUCCGAAAUUAGUGGAUUGUAUCUGGAAAUAUGAGACCGGCCUAGGAAAGCUUCAAUACGGCUGGCUCACCAAGCUGAUCGCGGGCAAAGCUUUGGAUGCCCGAAGAACAAUGGUCACCGCCUUGGCAAGUUAUUACGUGCGGAAACUUGACCAAGGAGAUACCGUUUCCGCUGUCAUACGCGGCCGGGCAGCCUUUUGGCGCUCUUUCGGUCUUUCGGAUGCCACUAUUGGUGCCAUGGACUCUCUGCCGGCUGCAUCAACGGUCAACACUGCACCGUCCAUGUUUUGGCUCCUAGUCAACGUCUUCUCCAAUCCGAAGUACUUGACUCGCCUUCGCGAAGAGGUGGAGGGAGCGACUGCAAUUACCAUCACCAAGGAUGGAGAUCGUCGCGUGGCCAACGUGGACGUUACCGCACUAGGAAACUCGUGUCCUUACUUGGUUGCGUGUUACCGCGAGACCUUGCGGUUCGAGAAUACUGUCACCGGAAGCCGGAUGGUUAUGUCCAAAGACACCACAAUCACCGAUCACGAGACCGGCCGGGAGUACCUACUGAAGGAGGGAGUGGAGGUUCAGUGGAGCGCGUCGGUCAUGCAUAAGAAACCCGUAUGGGGAGAUGACAGAGAAGUCUUCAACCCAGAGAGGUGGCUUAAGUCAACCCCUGACCUCACUAAAGGCUCCAAAGAGUCAUUUGUUCCUUUUGGCGGUGGCAAGCAUCUUUGCCCUGGCCGUAACUUUGCAUUUGCCGAGCUCUUGGGCUGCCUCGCCGUCUUGGCGGUUGGAUACGAGGUUGAAGGAGUUCAAGUUCCUGCCCAUGCUAUGCUGUUCGAGCACUCCGGACUGAGAUCACCAAUUUACGGGAACAAGUCUAAGAAGGCCGUGUUGAGAAGGAGACAGAGUUGGGAGGACGAGAAUCCAACCAUGAAAGUCGCGAUCGUCGGAGCAACUGGAGAAACGGGCAGCUCCAUCGUGAAUGGGCUGCUCGCGUCGUCGGAGCCGAAGUUUGAACUUACAGCUCUCAUCCGACCAUCGUCGCUUCAAAAGCCCGAGGUACAGGCUUUGGAGAAGAGGGGCGUCAAGAUAGCCGGCGUUGACCUGGGCGGCUCUGAGGAUGAGAUUGUCAAGCAGGUUACCGGAUUCGACGUUGUCAUCUCAGCCAUCGUUGCGGACGCUCUUCUCGAUCAGCUGCCCCUGGCCAAUGCCUCGAAGAAGGCUGGAGUCAAGCGAUUUGUCCCUUGCUUCUUCGGGACGGUGAUGCCUGCCAGGGGAAUGCUUUGGUUCCGUGACCAGAAAGAGGAUGUUCUCAAUCAUGUUCAGACACUCUACCUCCCUUAUACCGUUAUCGACGUUGGCUGGUGGUACCAAAUCACCUUGCCGCGUCUGCCGUCCGGCCGUAUCGAUGCUGUAGCUACACCUUUCGAUAACUGGAUCGCAGGAGAUGGCACCGCCAAGUCGGCCUUCACGGACCUCAGAGACAUUGGCAAGUACGUGGCACGCAUCAUUGCGGACCCCGGCACCCUUAAUCAGAGGGUUUUUGCGUACACGGAGCUGCUUACCCAGAACGAAAUUUACGAAUUGCUUGAGAGGGUUAGCGGGGAGAAAAUUGAGAGGAAACACCUUUCGGGAGAGGACAUUGAGGCCGCCAUAAAGGAAGCAAAGAAUGAUGUCGCCAACCCUCACAAGCUCUCCAUACUGCAAUAUCGGAAGUCGUGGGGUCUACGAGGAGACAACUCGCCGGAUUAUGCGAAAUACCUGGGCUACCAGAUUGGCAAGGAGCUUUACCCGGACUUGACAGGGAAGUCUCUCGAAGAUUUCUGCAAAGAGGCUUUGGAUGGAAAGAUCGAGCCCAUCUUCCAGAAGAAGAGACGCGAAGCCAUCGAAGCUGCUCAGAAACAAGCCGAUGGUGGAAAGGCUUGA